GGUUUUCCCCGAUGGCCGCCAACGCGAAGGAUGGGUUCACGAGGGCCCUGGACGGCUUCCGAACAACCCUCACUCCGCAGCAGCAGAAAGACUUCUCUUUCAACACCCUUCAGGAUGUCCAGGCCAGGAUUCAGAGCAUACAGGCUCGAUACGGCCCCGAGAAGAAAUUUCGGAACAUGAAGCGACUCUCCAAGUUUCUGGAUGGAAUGAAACAAGUCGAAGAACUUGUUACCAUCUUUCUCAACGUCCAUGAAGUCGUGGCCUUUGUUUGGGGCCCCAUCAAAUUCGCAUUGAUGAUUGCGAGCAACCGACUUGAAACCCUCGAGCUAUUGCUUGAUACAUAUGUCGAAAUCGGAGAAGUCAUCCCCAGCCUGGGCCAGUACGAACAGAUGUUUAAGAGUUAUCCCUAUCUUAGGGAGGUUCUUGAGCGUUGUUUUCACGAUAUACUCGAAUUUCACAAAGAAGCUCUCGACGUUUUUUCAACGACAGGUUGGAAGAGAUACUUCGAUUGUGCUUGGAAUACGUUCAAGACACGCUGCAAGCCCAUAAUUGACAGCCUCAAGCGUCACCGAACUCUUUUGUCUGACGAGAAGCUCACUGCUGCUGUCAUCGAAGUUCAAGAAGGCCGCCGUGAGACUCAGGACUUUCGCGAGAUGGUGGAGGCAAGAUUCAGCAACAUUUCAAGGCAACUCGAAGCAGACUUAGAGAAGAGGUCCAGAAAGGAUAUCGAGGAGAGGAAAGAUUCCCUAUUGCAGGCACGGCGCAUCAUCUCCUCACAACUAUCCCCCGGAAACUACGAAGAUGAUCAGCGAUCUGCUUUCUCUCAGUUUUUCUCAUCUCCUUCGGGAGACUGGGUGCUCCACGAACCAAGAUUCCAAGAGUGGCUUCAAUCUUCUAACGGCCAGGUCCUCUACCUCCAUGGGAUGCCAGGAGCAGGUGUUGUCAACUACUUGCAGUCUCAAAAAGACACGCUGAAGGGGCCAAUUCUCUACUUUUAUUUCAAAAGCCGCCAAGAGGACAAGAGGUCGAUGGGCGGCAUGCUUCGUGCCCUUCUUAAGCAGCUCAUCCACCAAGAAGACAGUGCUGCUGACUAUGUACGCGAAAGGUGGUCUUCAGCGAGCGAGUCUGACUUGACGUCUCUCCCUGUGCUUCAAGAGUUGGUACAGGAUUGUCUUGCUACCCAACAAGGAGGAACCAUCGUCCUAGAUGGACUUGAUGAGUGUCAAGAUGAAAGGAGUACCUGCCAAGAGCCUCGAAUGAUUAUUGACUGGCUUCAUCAAAAUCUCAUCUCGGAGGCUCGAUUGCACGGCUACCCUAUCCGAGUCUUGUUAUCUAGCCAACAUGUCGACUUUCUAGAAAAGGAGUUGACUGAAUACCCCAGCAUCAGGUUGGAUCAAAAUGCGGGACAUCUUCACAACCUCCGGGCAUACGCCAAGUCCAAGGCGUCCGGGAUUCAAGAGAGGUUCUUCCUGACAGACUCUAAGCGGGAUAGCAUUACUGAGAAGGUUUCGGCUUUAUCAAAUGGGUUUUUCCUAUAUGCAAGAGUUGUACUGGACAAUCUCAUGGAACAAGGUUCCCAGAGUGAACUUGACGAAGAACUCGAUACGCAAAACUUCCCAGAGGACCUCGAAGCCGCCUAUGAACGUGUUGUCAUUCGCGUUCUUCACCAUGGAAGCAGGUCCAAAAAGGCAGCCGCAUUGAAAAUUCUUGGUUGGAUGACAUGUGCAGCCAGGCCACUACACUGGAGAGAGAUUCAAUCUCUGUUUUGCAUUGACCCAGAACGUGGUGAAUGCAUUCCCGGGCGCUGGCGUGUGGAUAGUUGCAGGGAUCUUUGCAGCUCACUUGUCGAAGAAGACCUACCCGAUCAAGAGAAAGGAGAAGUACGAGAGCCAGUUGUAAGGCUUGUUCACAACACUGCAGGAGGUUAUCUUGUCCAUACUGGGUGCAUCAAUCUACUAGACGCACAUGCUAGCAUGGCACUGUUCUGCUCGCAGUAUCUGGCAUCCCAACCAUUUCAAGAUGGUCCACGAGCCGAAACUAUCCAAGAAUUCGCCAAAACCGGGUACUACGGCUUACUGGAUUAUGCCGUGACAUCAUGGACCCAUCACCUUGCCCUCGUUUCCAAAGAUUCAUCUUCACUCCAGGCCGACACACUCUCAAAUCUUACUUCUCGGAUAACAUGCACACUCGAAUCUUACGAGAUUCCCUACCGCGGAUCGUCUGGGGAUGAGGUCACUUUGCAGAGCAUUGAAGAAAUGCUCAAGGCGUUCCUCGUCAACGGCAGGAAGUGCCCGUUUGAGAGCCGGAUUUCGACCAUCCGGAAUGCUAUAGAAUCCAUUCACCUUUCAGACCUGGCCGACGACGCAAGAUCCAUCUUUCUCAGACUCAACGGGGCGUCUUGCUUCAAAUGCCCAAAACGAGACUGUCACAACUUCAGAGUUGGGUUUUCAAGUUGGAAGAACCGAGGUGAUCACGUCAAACGCCACGAGAGGCUUUUUAGGUGCUCGGAUGGAAGCUGCUAUCGUGCCAUGGUUGGCUUUCCGUCUCUGUCUGAUCUUCAGAGUCAUACACGACGAAGCCAUCCUACGCCUGUCCCCUCGGCUUUGUUUUCGAACCCAAGGGCAACUAGACCCCGGGACAUCUUUGAUGCUUGUACCAAAGGAGACUUGGAGCAAGUAAGGGCUUAUGUUGAACAAGGGGUCGAUGCCAAUGCGCCAAGUAAGCCCAGAGGUAAAUGGACACCUUUUCGAUUGGCAGCGAAACACAGACAACACCACAUUUGCCAGUUUCUGAUUGAGACAGGGGCUGUGCAAGCCCUUGGGCAGGACCAUCGAUCAGCUUUGAGUUGUGCCAUGGGGGAAGAUGAUCACGAGCUUGUUCCUCUGAUUGUCCAUGCUGCUACUGCGGAAACAAAAGCGCGUUUCGUGGAGGGUGGAGAGCUCAGUUGGAGGAUUGACACUUUUCUGGUCGGAAGGGCCGUUGAUGAUGGCCAGAUGCUUCAAGCUCUCCUCUCCCUGUGUGACCUGAUCCCAGCCGAAAGUUUUCCGGACUCAUUAAGGCCAGAAAAGUUACUCUACAACGCCAUUCGGGGGUCGGACUCAGUCUCCAAUUUCGAGGUCAUCCUGAACUGGGCUACGUCAUACGGCCCAAAACUCGGCUUGAUAGAUGCCACGCCUGACUGUCAUUCGAUAACCGAGAAGCGCUAUGCUCUGAUCACGAAGAGAUACGAGGAUAAUGAUUCUCUCUUACAUCUUGCAAGCUUCUUUGGAAGGGUUUCUAUCACGCGCCAUCUACUGCAUCAAUUGAGGCAGCCAGAUAUUACCGCAACGAACGCCAAUGGCAACACACCCUUGCAUGAACUGGCCCGUAUCAUAUGGCCUGCCAGGGUACAAGACAUGGCAACACUCCUAGUCGAGGCAGACAAUGGUGCCACUGCAAAUAUGGAAAACAACAAUGGCCAGCUCCCGAUCCACAUUGCCUGCGAAAAUAGGCAAGAGAGAACGGCGGUGGUUCUUGCCAGCCAUACCCAUGAUCUCGACUCGGGGGACUCGGAAGGCAACACUGUACUCAUCUACGCCGUGAAGACAAACAUGACCCAAGCAGUAGAGGCACUUCUUGAGACAAAACGCGUAGACGUUUGCAGGCUGAAUCACAAUGGGGAGACAGCCUCCGACUUGGCGCUUCAGCAAAAGGAUACCGCCAUACUCCAGUUAUUGCACGCAUAUCAUCACGCGGCUGUUCCUCGGAAAGACCCAACAGAACUUUUUGGGAAAGACCCUUACAAAUAUUGCAUCAGAACUCAACAACGGGAGCUGUUGGCGCGCAUUGAGGAGCUCUUGGGCCCUGACAUGUACGACGCAUGGUCUAGACUUACAUCUCCAGUCCCAUCAUCUAUCACAGCCAACAAUGUACAACGCUUUCUCUCAUCCGACUGUUUUCUCACAGUAAAGGCCUUCUUGUCAUCUGGGAAACUCUACUAUCCUGAAAGUGAGCUGGGCGAUCUGUGGAAGCGAGUCGAGAGGGACGAGGAUGACGAGCUUCGGGCAUUGGUGCUUCUUCAGGGGGAGUUUCCUCAAGAUGUCUGGAAAAGGGAGUUGCCUUUGGUGAAGAAGCUUUUGCAGGACGGGUCCCCUGAUUCUUUUCUGAUGAGGCUUAUAAAGAUUGAUUGGUAUGCCCACCAAGUCCUCAUUAGCCAGGCCGAAGCCCAGGAGUGUGAGGAGCUGUUGGAGUUAUUGCCACCACCACAGGAUGAAUGAAUCGCAGGGAUGUUUCUUGUUUCCGAGUCAGCCUAACAAUGAAUUCAACUUCUACUGUGAGUGAAGCUGAAUGCUCGAAAAACAAUUCUGGCCUGAGUGUGAGGAUGUUUUGACCCGCAUGGGAUAAGUUGCUAACUUUCCCAUAUAAAUAAUCUUGUCUCGUAUGAGGCGACGUUGAAAAAUUG